AUGGCAAAGAGUACGAGGGAGAUAACAGCCAUGGAGGUGAGAGCCACAGAGAAAAAUCGAAUUCGAUACUCUACGAAUCACGUUACACAAUUGCCACCUGGCACAAUAACUGAGUUUGAUUGGAAGGAUUACUGUCCCUUGGGUUUCAGACUUGUACAAGAACUUGAAGGUAUCGAACAUGAUGAUUACGUGCAUUCAAUUUGCACUGAUGAGACUCUUCAGAAGCUUUCUUCUGAGAAAAUUGGAAAGGUGUUUCAUAUUUCCAAUGAUAACCGUUUUCUCAUCAAGAUCCUUCGAAAAUCCGAAAUUAAGGUGACUCUAGAGAUGCUUCCUGGUUACUACAGCCAUAUUAACAAGUACAGAUCUUCACUAUUCACAAGGAUUUAUGGUGUUCAUGCUUUGAAACCUGUUGGAGGUGUUAAGACAUAUUUCGCUGUGAUGUCAAACAUGCUACAUUCAAUGGUCUUCAUGAACAAGCUCUAUGAUCUAAAAGGUUCUCCUAAAGGUCGAACUAACAAGAAAAUUGAAGUGAGAAACACCACUGUUUUGAAGGAUAUCGAUCUCGAUUUCUGUUUCUACGUUGAUCCAUUGGCCAGACAACGCAUCAUCAAGCAAACAAAGCUAGAUUGCGAGCUUUUGGAAGAAGAAGGUAUAAUGGAUUAUAGCUUACUGGUUGGUUUACAAGCUCAAGAGUCUUGUCCAGGUUCACUUCAUGGAUUAAACCCGGUUUAUGGUAGCUUCACACCUCCAUGCUCGUUCAAAAGCGAUAGCACAAAGUCGAUCAAGACGGCUUUGAAUUCUCCUGAUAGAUCUUUUGUAACAAUGAAUCCAUUCUCCCCCGAUAGAGAUUCAGUCGAAAGCGAAAAGCCAAAGUCUAUACAAUCAGUAGCAAGCAAUAGCACAAGCUCAAAGACAAAUCAGAUCAACAGCAAAAGCAUAUUAGCAGCAACACUCAAUGACCUCUUCCACAAUAGCUCAAGUAUCAAUUUUGGGAUGAAAAUUCCGGCGAGGGCACGGCGAGUGACGAGAGAGACGGGAGAAGAAGAAUGGUACGACGUCCUUUUGUAUAUAGGGAUCGUAGACACGUUUCAAGACUAUGGUAUGAAAAAACGCAUAGAACAUUGUUACAAAUCCAUCCAACAUAACUCAAACUCAAUCUCGACCGUUCAUCCUAAGAUUUACUCUUCUAGAUUCCAAGACUUCGUCUCCAACAUUUUCUUACCUCACGGCGACGAUCGUUCUCUCUAA